AACGUCCGCCGAAAUUUCAAAAACAUUUUCGUUUGCUUCGGGCGUUGCUAUCGUGAGUUUUUUUUGCUAGCUAUUUUAAACUAUUAGUUGAACGCGUUAUGGAUCCCUUUACUGAAGACCAUACGAAAAUGUACUUUUAUGAAACCAGAUUGAAUACCUACGUGGGGUGGCCGUUCGAAGAGGGCUGUGCUUGCACUCCAGAGAACAUGGCCAAAGCUGGAUUCAUCCACACACCAACAGAGAACAGCCCGGACAUAGCCAAGUGUUUCUUCUGUCUCAAAGAACUGGAGGGCUGGGAGCCAGAUGAUGACCCAGAGAAGGAGCAUAAGUCUCAUUCACCCAGCUGCAACUUCAUCUCCCUGAAGAAGAGUGUGAAUGACCUGACUGUGGAAGAGUUCCUCAAACUCCAGAAAGAGAAGCAGAAAUUCCACAUUAAAAAGUAUUGCAAUGAGGCCAUCACUAAGUUUGAGGAGGCGGCAAAAAGCAGAAGAGGUGAGAUCAUCAAGACUGCCAUGGAUGAAGAGUGACGUGGAGAGACUAGACCUGUUUGAGUACUUUAUAAAUGUUCUGCUCUGGAGUAAUCACUGGUAGUGCAGUAGCCUAGUGUACAUAUUCUGUCUGUCUGCAUUAGCUAGGUGUUUUUAGCAAUAAAUAUUUGAUUUACCAA